CGGCACAUUGUUUUAUCUCACCUGCAGUCACUUGCCAUUUGCCUACUUGUUACUGUUUAUAAUUAUGAUUUUUCAGCCUAAUGGCACAUUCACUCUUUGUCGCUCUUACGCCAUCGCGAAUACCUAUAUAGGGUUUCUCGUGAUUCUUUGCGCUGAGUGCAUCUUCGUACUCAGAUCGAUUGCAGUAUGGGAGCGGAAGCGAUUGGUGAUGGCGCUCCAAUUCAGCAGCAUCAUCGUCUAUACAGUGUUGGUCAUCAUGUGCUUCAAACAAUACUCGUCAGCGUCUGGAGAAUGCCGGAUCUUCGGGUUUGUCGAAUACCUGGAUACGAAGACGAGUACCCCGCUGAUUGUGGUGUACUGUCUGGCAAUUGUCGCCCAGUUACAAAUAUUACUGUUGGUGCUGUAUCGCGCUGUCAAGAGUCGUGGUGAUAGGGGCAUCGGCAACCGUCUUAUGCUCGGUCUCGUGCGAGAUAAUCUAUUGUACUUUGUCUGCAGUUUUCCUUUGAAUCUUGGUAUGAUUCUCGCCAUAAUAUUUCUUCCGUCUCCAGCGGCACACUUGAUCUCAGAGUUUUCGACCAUUCUUCAAGCCGUUUUGGUCACGCGGAUGCACAGGGACUUCUGGAGAUCAGACCGUGCUUCCUGCGGCGUCGACACAGAUGUUUCUCUCACAACAUGGAUGGUAGCUACCCCAGACCUUGUUGCCAGUGCCGCUUGGAAUUUACCGACCGUAAACUUGAACGAUAAUCGUGCAGACUUUCAGACAGCGUACGAUCGCCACGAUCAUACCAUAGAUGGUCCGUUAUCAUCCACCUAACCACUCACUGCAGACUACGUACUUCGAUCUUUUUUUAUUCGCUGGGCGCGCGCGAGGAUGUACUUGCUGUAAUCACAUGUCUAUAUGCGGGUUUGAAUUCUACUUUAUGAGAUACUCAUUACGAUUUAUCUGUCAACUGACUUCAAUGUUUCCCCAUACAUAAUCACAUUAUUUAUGACACGCCGUGGUGUGGUAGA